AUGCGAACGACUUUCGUCAUCGUCCUGGCGCUGCUGGCCGCCGCAGCGACCGCCCUUCCGCGUACCCGGGAGGGCACUAAGCGUGCAACAACGGUGGAUGAGAUUAUAGCGAAACGUGCCAAAGCAGCUACGACCUCACCGAAGAGCAAGCGCGUUGUGAUUGAAAAUUUCUUCACCACCCAAGCGGAUCAUUUCAAUCCGCAAGAUUCGGAGGAAUGGACUCUGCGCUAUUUGGCUGCUACCGACUACUAUAUGCCGGGUGGCCCGAUUCUGAUUUUCCUUGGAGGAUACACACCGAUUGUUCCUUCGAUGAUAGAUGAUACCUCUCUGAUCUACGAAAUGGCCAGGGAAAUGAAUGGUGCGGUUUACGCCUUCGAGACUCGCUUCAUUGGCGACAGUAGAGUCACUAGCGAUUUGAGUACAGCAAACCUGCGUUUGCUGAACACCGAUCAAAUCUUGGCGGAUCUUGCCGAGUUUGUUACGUACUUGCGACGCGAUGUCAUUCAGAAUGAAUUGGCUCAUGUUAUGGUGUCCGGUUCAGGGUACGGAGGUGCGUUGGCUGUCUGGUUCCGAGUUCGCUACCCGCAUCUGGCCGAAGCCGCUUGGUCUUCCAGUGGUUCUCAGAACGCUAUACUGGACUUCCAGGAGUUUACCGAAUCAUGGGGUGAUACGCUGAUCGAGUUCGGUAGUCAACAGUGCUACAACGACAUCUUCGUGGCUUUCCACGUCAUGCAGAAUUUGAUCGACGCCGGAUUGGCGAGUACUGUAUCGGAAAAGUUCAACAUCUGCACGGACAUCAACGCGGCUGAUCGUAUCCAAGUGAUGUACUUCUUCCAGGUGAUGAUGCAAGCAAUAGAACAGUACACUUUGGCUACUCAAAACGUCACGGAAUUCGCAGAAGUUUGCCAGGACAUCACAGGAGGAAGCGCAGACAAUGCUUUGGAUGCAUUUGCCGAAUGGUUUAACACUAAGUUCGCCGUCGACGUUGGUUGCGUGGUUGUCGAUCUUGAUGACGCCGUGGAGGUUUUCAGUCAAACUGGCUGGGACACUCCGUUCAAUCAGUUGGGAAUUCGUCAGCGAAUGUAUCAAGCUUGUACCGAAUUCGGAUGGUUCUUCACAACCGAUUCGGACCACCAACCGUUUGGAAGCCGAGUUCAGCUGGAAAUCUACACUGAAACGUGCAGUCGCAUUUUCGGCGAUUGGCUGAGCUUCGAAUCCAUUUACUACGGUUAUCGACGGGCAAACAAUCGCUAUGGUGCUGACAAUCCUGCCAUUACCCAGGUACAUCUCACGAACGGUGCAGCCGAUCCGUGGCGCAGGGCUAGCAUUACGCACGAUCUGAAUGCGUAUGCGUUGGCUGAUGUUAUCCCCGGUGUGCUUGGCGGCGCCGAUUUGCCAGCCAUUUCGGAAAAUGAUUCCGAAGAACUGCAAGUGGUCAAGCGUCGAAUCAAAGCUCUGAUGAGUAGCUACCUAUUUCCCGUCAGUCCAAGAAGUUAA